UCAUUUCACUACUUCACUGGUCAACCACAAAGAAAGAGCUCUCUUCAUACAGGCUUAAAAUCAUGAAUACUUCUACAUCUUAGACCAUUUUGUAUUUUGGCUGAGAAGAGGACUUUGUGAAGAUGUCUAAGCAGGAAGACGUGGACGAGUAUGAGCAGGGACGGAUCCGAGAACUGCAAGAACAGCGCAUGGCUGUGCAGAAAAAGACCUACACCAAGUGGAUGAACAGUGUCUUCUCCAAGAAUGGGGAAAAGGUGUUCCUAGAAGAUGUGUAUACGGAGCUCAAGACUGGGGUGCACCUGGUGCGACUUUUGGAGCUCAUCUCCAGAGAGAAGCUGUCCACACCAAGCCAACGCAUUCUCAGAGUUCACUAUCUGGAAAACAAUAGCAUUGCCAUAAACUUCCUCAAAACGAAGAUCCGGGUAGACCUGAUUGGCCCCGAGAAUGUUGUAGAUGGAGACAGAACUCUGAUCCUUGGCCUCAUCUGGAUCAUCAUUCUCAGAUUUCAGAUUGGAGCAAUUAAUCUCGAUGAGGACAGCGGUGAUUCCAGCCUAGCACGGCGUUCGGCUAAGGAGGCUCUCCUGAUCUGGUGCCAGCGGAAGACUGCUGGCUAUACCAAUGUGGACGUUCAGGACUUCUCUAGCAGCUGGAGGGAUGGGCUGGCCUUCAAUGCUCUCAUCCAUGCCCAUCGGCCAGAUCUAUUCAACUACAACCACCUUCACCCAGACGAGACUAGGAGGAACUUGGGCCAUGCAUUUGAACUGGCUGAGAGUGAAUUUGGCAUCAUGCAGUUGCUGGAUGUGGAGGAUAUAGUGGUGCCUCAUCCUGAUGAGAAGUCCAUCAUGACUUAUGUUUCACUCUACUACCACUAUUUCUCUAAAGUGAAACAAGAGCAGACCAUCCAGAAGAGGAUUGCCAAGGUUUUGGACCUCUUGCAAGAACUAGACAACAUGAAAGACCAAUACCAACACAUGGUUUCAGACCUCCUGUGCUGGAUCAAAGCCAAGGUUGUGGCGCUGGAUGACCGUUCUUUCCCGAAUUCCCUGCCAGGCAUGAAGCGGCUGGUAGCUAUAUUCAAGACAUACCGCACCAUGGAGAAGCCCCCUAAAUACCAGGAGCGAGGCACAAUUGAGGCCCAUCUCUUGAGCCUGCGCACAAAACUUCGGGCCAAUAACCAGCGGUCCUACAUCCCCCCAGAAGGCCAGACCCUGGGGGACAUUGAGCGCAGCUGGACCAUGCUAGAGAGGGCCGAACAUGAUCGUGAGCAUAACCUUCAGAGUGCCCUCGUGAGGCUGGAGCAUCUUGAGCAGCUGGCACAGAAGUUUGGCCGUAAGGCAGCACUUAGGGAGAGCUAUCUGGAGGACACCCUGCAGUUGGUCCAGAAAGAGAAGGACCAGAGUGGGCUGGGCAGCCUGGAGGAGGUCCAGGCUGCAGCCCGACGGCUGGAGGCCUUGUGCACAGACGUGCUGGCUCAUGAGCCACGCUUCCAGGCUCUCAGUGAGAUGGCUACUGUCAUUGAGAGGGAGGACUACUAUUGCAAAGACCAGGUCACCCGCAGGCAAUUGAACAUCUCCAACAAAUGGAAACAUUUGCUCCAGCAGCUGCAGCAACAAAGAGAUUACACCGGAGAUGUUGUAAACACAUUGGCUGUUCUCAAGGACAUCGGGUUAAUCUCCCUGGACCUCAAGGACCUACAGAUCCAUGCAGAGUCCUCUGAGUUGGGAAAACAGCUGCCAGAUGUGGUGGACCUGCUGCAGAAGCAGGACCUGCUGGACACCCAGAUAUUCUCUCACGGUGAAACGCUGAGUGCCAUCAGCAGCAGUGCCUUAAGAGGUGGACACAGAAAUGUGUCUCAAAUUCAGAGCAGACUAAAGGACCUAAAUGCUCAGUACAACUUGCUUCUGACUCUUAGCAAGAACAGGAGGAAAGCACUGGAAGGGCAGCUAAAGCUCUUUGAGUUCUUCCAUGACUGUGAAGAAGUAGAGGCAUGGAUCUAUGAGAAGUGGAUUUUGGUCCAAACAACACCACUGGGCAGAGACCUCAGUCAGAUUCAACAAGUUAUUCAGAACCAUAAGGCUUUGGAGGCAGAAGUGCAGUCACAGGAGUCUCUGUGCUCAGGAGUUGUGUCCAGAGGUCAAGAGCUGUGCAGAGGGAGGCACCCCAGUGAAACGGAAAUUCAUAAAUGGAUCCAAACUUUGCAAAAACAGUGGCAGCAGCUAAGGGACCAAGUCACCUAUCGCAAGGACAGACUGCAUGCUGCUAAUGUCAUCAAACAGUAUUUUACAGAUGCAAGUGAGGCCAACUCAUGGCUUAAUGACCGCAGGCCCCUGCUCAGUAGUGAGGAUUAUGGGAAGGAUGAGUUGAGCACUAGUGCCCUGCUCCAGCGCCACCAGAGGCUGGAGAUGGAAAUGGAGGUAUAUGCUUUAGAGGUGAAGAGGCUUGGGGAGCAGGCCAAGAAUGCCGCGCAGCUCACUCCCUUAACAAUGGAACCUCAGCAGAGCAAAAUGGUCCACUACAGUGAUUCAUCGGGUGAUGAAGGAAAGUCCUUGAAACAAAAGGGAAGAAUUUCAAAGAAAAACAGUGGAAACUCCACAGCCUCACAACAGACACAGGAGUUUAAUGCCAAAAUUAGAUUUAAAUACAGAGGCAUGACGUUAACUUGGGAUCGUGGGGAAAUGGUGACAAUCCUCAGCAGAGAGAAAGAUGAUAAAAUGCUUUUACGAGAUAGUAAAGGAAAUGAGCAACUAGUGCCUUGUACAUAUGUUACACAGUUGCCAUCAACUCAAGCACCGCCUGCGCCUCCAGAUGUGGCUCCGAAGAGCGUGAGGCAAGAAGUGAGCCGGCCCCGACGCAGCCGCUCCACGCGCCGCAGCACCGCUGAAGUCACCUCUGCCUCGAUGCCAGACCCACACUUCCAGAAAGACACCAUAGAGAAAACACAAAGUGACUUAGAGAAGGACUUUAACAGCCUCUAUGAGUUAGCACAGUCAAAGAAAAAGGUCCUGGAUGAGACUGCUCACCUGCAUCACUUCUACAAUGCCUGUGAGGAGUUUGAAUCCUGGAUGGAGGACAAGGAGAACAUUCUCAACACAUUCAGCUCUGAUGCCGACAACAUUGAAGUGGUACAGGGCAAAUAUGAGAAUUUUCUCACAGAGCUGGCUAGUGGGAAGGGGCAAGUUGAUGACAUCACCAAACUGGGUGAACACCUUGUGAAAAAGCUGCACAGCAGAAAGAGAGAGAUUCAGUCCAAACAAUCCCAAGUUGGUCGCAGGUGGGAGCACAUCCAGGCCCUGAAAGAUGAGAAGGCACAUGAACUGCUCAGCUCAGCUGACAUCAAGUCAUUUUUGGACACUUGCGAGGACACCAAGACCCAGCUCUGGGACAAGGUGGCCCAGCUAGAUGUGCUUGACAUGGGCUGUUCCCCUUCCACCCUGCAAGCUGAAGAACGCAGUCAGGCCCAGGUUGAGAGGGAGAUAGAAGUCCUUGAGAGGAAGAUACAAUACCUAAAAAGUGUAGCUAAAAUGAAACAGGACUGCAGUCCCACUGAAAGCACUACCAUUAUGGCGGAGGUCUGUGCUUUGGAAGAUCUUCUGCAGCAAGUCAAAGCCCAGGCUAACAAGAGGCAAGGCAUGCUGUCUGAGGCUCAGCACUUGCAGCUCUUCCACAGGGAGUCCAAGGAUCAGCUGCUGUGGGCUGAGGUGGUGGAGGAGGGUUUGCUGGGGGAGGAGAAUGCCUCCGACGUAGCCUCUGCUCAAGCUCUGUUGAAGGAGAACCAGGAGCUGAGGCUAGAGAUUGAGCAGCAGCGAGCAAGGUUGAAAGGCAUAGAGAAGCUAGGUGAGUCUUUAGAGAUCUCAUCUGGGGCCAGAGGCACCAAAGAUGUCCAGCAAACAAUGACCAAGCUUAACCAUAAAUGGGACAGGUUGGACAGACUGUGGGUCAGUCGAAACCAGAGGCUACAGCAAGGACUUGAACUCCAGAGGCUGAACAUGGAAGCAGACAGAGUAGAAGCAACAAUGUCUGGUCAUGAAGCCAGACUAAAGGUUAAGGACCUUGGGGACUCUGUGGAUAGCGUUCAUAGUUUGCUUGGCCGGCAAGAUGAGCUGGAAGGUUUGCUCGGAGCUCUUGACAAACAAAUUAGGAACUUUCAUGAUAGAAGUCAGGAACUCAUCAAGAAACGUCAUUUUGCCUCUAAACAGAUUCAGAAGCGAUCACAGGCCAUUGAAGAAAGAAACAGAAAGGUCAAAGAUAGCUGUAAACAGAGAAGACUGGAAUUAUUUGCCUCAAAAAAGUAUCAGGAGUUUUACAGAGAUGCAGAUGAGCUGCUGCUUUGGAUGGAGGAAAAGUUUAAAAUAGCAGAAGAUGAGUCAUAUAGAGACCCCACCAAUGUCCUUCACAAACUCAAAAGACACGAGGCUGCGGAGAAGGAGAUGCAGGCCAAUCAAGUCCGCCUGGACAGACUGAAUAAGGUAGGAGAAGAGAUGCUGGCUGAGGACCAUUACAACAGUCAGAGUGUCCAGAGAAAGUCUAAGCAGGUGCAGAGCUGCUGGAGCGAGCUCCAGAAAAAGAUGGCAGAAAGAGGAGACAAGCUAAGACAGGCCGGUCAACAGGAGCAACUCAUGGAGUUACUGCAGGAUGCCAGAGUGAAAACUGAGGAAAUUAAGCAGAUGCUGCAGUAUGCAGCUAAAGGUCAUGACCUCCGCUCAAGCCGGCAGCUUCUGAAGGAGCACAAACAGCUGGAGCAGGAGGCUCAGGAGCUGGCUGGCAAAAUCAACUCCAUCAUCACCCGGGCCAAACACCUGGCUACUAUCCAUUUCGACUCUCAGAGAAUCCUCCAUGAGACAGACACCUAUCUGAAACUGUUUAAGUCCCUACAAAACCCUCUGGAUCUUCGUAGAAGCCAGCUGGAAUUAGCGGUCACCCUCUACAGCUUCUACCAUGAUGUGGAUCUGGAGCUUACUUGGAUCUCUGAACAUCACCCUGUAGCAGAUACCAGUAGUUAUGACAAAUCCCUGACUGGGGCCAUCAACCUCCUAAAGAAACACAAAGAGUUACAAGUAGAGAUUAAUGGCCACAGUCAGUAUCUUCAGCGUGUAUUGGACCGAGGGUGGACCAUGGCCAAGUCCAGCCAAUGGGAUGGUCAAGAGGUGAACCAGAGAUGUGACCACUUAACUGCAGAGUGGGAGGAGCUAGUGGAUGCCUGUGAAAAACGCUCAGCCCACCUCAACAAAGCAGUCACGCGGGAACGGAUCUUGCUUGACUGUGCUGAGCUGGAGACCCGUCUGUCUGAAUUAUCAGCUUUGGUCAGUACUGACUAUGGCAAAAAUGAAUUAGCCACACAGAGCCUUAUGAAGCAGCAUCGGGCAGUGGAAGGGCAGAUUGAGGUGCAUGCUGCCCAGGUGGAUGAGCUCAAGUCCAGUGUAGACCAGGCCGUGCGUGCAUGGGCUUUGGAGGAAGUGAAGAGACCCUACAAUCACAUCAGAACUCAACUAAGUGAACUACAUCACUCAGCCACAGUCAGAAACCAAAGAUUAAAAGAGAGCCUCCACUUGCAUGAAUUUAAACGCGAGUCUUCUGAACUUGAAGAGUGGAUAGCUCAGCAACUCCAGGUUGCCUCCUCUGAUGACUAUGGCUCUGAUUAUGAGCAUGUAUUGCAACUGCAAUUGCUGUUUGACGUGUUCCUCAAACAGUUAGACAUGGGCCAGGAAAGAAUGCGCGCAAACAAUGAGUUAGCUCACAAGCUCAUCAAAAACAACCAUCCUGAGAUAAAGUUCAUUCAAGAAACACAAGGGUUGCUUAGAGAAUUAUGGGAUGAGCUGCAGCAUUUGGCCAAAGAUCGUAAAGAGUGCUUGCAUCAGUCUGAGAAGUGCCACAAGGUCUAUAAAGACUUAAAUGAUGCCCUUGGACACAUCCAGGACAGGCACAAAAGCAUUCCUGAUGAUAUUGCCAAAGACCUGCAAGCGGUAGUUCUGCAGCUAAGAAAGCAUGAGUCUUUGGUGUACGAGCUUGCAGGAAAUGAGCAGCAGCUGCAGGAGCUGCUGGAUGCCGCAGACUCCAUUUUGGAUGUGUGCUCUCCAGAGCUGAAAGGACAGAUGUUGAUUCAGCAGCAGGAGGUGAUGGAGGGCUGGGAGAGACUCCGCAUGCACAUGGAGUGCAGAGAGGAGCAGCUCAGACUUGCUAAGCAACGCUACAUCUUCCUCAACACGGUGCAAGAGUAUUCUCUGUGGUGUGCUCAAGUCCUGAGCGGGAUGAAGGCAGAGGAAUCUAUUCGUGAUGUGGCCACAUGCAACCUGCAGCUUUUGCAGCAUCGGCAACUGCGGGCUGAGAUUGUGACCCGUGAGGAGACAUAUGCCCGAGCUAUAGCCAUGGGCCAGUGUCUACAGGAGCAGGACAGUCACACUGCUAGGGAGGUUCAAGGAAAACUGAGUGCAGUGCAGGAUGAGAGGGAGAAAAUGACAGAUAAAUGGGAAUCCAAGCAGAAAUGGCUAGAGAACACCUACUUGGAGCAGGUGUUCUACAGAGACAUUGAACAUAUGGAGAAGCUCACCAACUCCCAAGAGGUGCAGCUGAACAACAGUGAUUUGGGAACAACAGUGGAUGAAACAGAUACUCUAAUCAAACGUCAUGAGGCCUUUGAAAAACUUCUUGGCACUCAGGAAGACAAGAUGGUUACUCUUCAGAGGUUGGCUGAGAGUUUGAAGGAAGGGGGCCUGACAAGACAGAAAGCCAGUCACAUUGAAAGCAAGCUGAAGGCUCUCAGAGCCAGGAGAGAACGCAUCAAAAAUCUGUCCAUGAAACGCUGGAAGGAACUUAAUAGAAUUAGGGUUUUCUGCAUCUUCAAUCGGGAUGCAAAUGAGGCUGAGGAAUGGGUAUUGGAACGUAUGCAGAAAAUGCAGGAUGAUUCAAAAGUGGACCUGAGCAGCCUUCAAACCAAAAUGAAGCUACUGCAGAAGCAUCAGGUGUUUGAGGCUGAGAUUCUGGCCCAUGGAAAAAUUAUUGAAUCUGUCAAGCAGACAGGAGAUGAGCUGGUCACACUUCGUCAUCCCAAGUCAAACGAGGUGCAACAGAGUGUCUCUGCUCUCAUUUCUCACUGGGAUGAUUUAAAACAAGCUGUCUCUGCCAGAGGAAAAUUUCUAGAAGACCAUCGAGACUUUCUGGAGUUCCUUCAGAAAGUGGAGCAGGUUGAAGUUUGGAUCAGACAGAGAGAGGUUAUGAUUAAUGUGGGGGAUCUUGGGGAGGACUAUGAGCAUGGUCUACAAAUACUGAAGAAGCUCAGUGAAUUUAGAAGCUCCAUCCUUGGGGAAGUGACAGUAGACGAAGCUCACAUCAAGACAAUCAAUAGCCUGGCAGCUCGUCUAGAGAGGCAGAACUGUGAUGACCUGGCCACUGUGAAAAAGCGAAGACAGCAACUGAAUGAAAGAUGGAGUAAUUUUCAUGGAAAUCUGAACAGUUAUAAGAGGAAGCUGGAAGCAGCACUGGAGGUCCACUCUCUGAUCCGUGACCUUGAGGAAGUCAGGGACAGGGCAAAUGAAAAGAUGCUGUUGCUGCAGGGUCAAGGCUAUGGAGAAGAUGUGGAGGGCGUGGAGAACCUCAUACGCAGACAUGAGGAGACAGAAAGGGAGGUCUGGGUUAUUCAAGAGAGAGGCACUGUCCUGGAAAGGGAGAUGAAAGAUCAACUAAGGGCUCAUUCUGACCUUUCUGACAAGCUCACCAAAAAGCAGAGAGAAGUAAAUGCCACUUUAAUGAAGCUGGACAAAGAAGUAAAAUUAAGGAAGGAUCGUUUACAGGAGUCCCACCAGCUCCAGCUGUUUAAGGCUAACCAACGUCUGCUUCUAUGCUGGACUCUGAAGCAAACCACUGAAAUGGGAAAGAAGGGCUUGCCCAAAAACAAAGCUGAAGCAGAAAGCUUUCUUGUGGAGCACCAUGACUGGAAGGCAGAGAUAGACACACGUGGAGAGAGAAUUGAUUCAGUGAAGAAUUUUGGCCAGAAUCUAGUGAAGUCUGGCCAUAGUGAUACACCAGAGAUCAAAAAAUCCCUGAGAAAACUUGAAGAUGCUAAAUCUGGGCUGAUUCAAGCAUGGGAAGAAAGAAAAUCAACACUGGACCAAGCGCUUAACCUUCAGGUAUUCAUUGGCUAUGUGGAGCAAAGUGAGAGUUUGUUGAGUAAUGGGGAAGCUUUUCUGGCCAAUGAAGAUCUUGGGGGCUCCCUGUCAGAGGUGGAGGCACUUCAGAGGAAGCAUGCUCUAUUUGAGAACUCUCUAGAAGCUCAGCUAGAGCAUGGGGAAGAGGUGAAGAGAUUCGCAGAACAACUCAUACAGAAGAAACAUUAUGACUCAGACAACAUUGAGAAGAAGAGCAAAACUGUUCAGCUCCGAAAGGGGAAAUUGUUGGAGAUGAGCAAUGCAAGACAGAAAGCACUGAAGGAAUCUUUCCAGCUUCAAAAAUUCUUGGAAGGUAGCUAUGAGCUGUGCUCAUGGUUAAAUGAGAAGAAAUCAGUGGCUCAAGAUGAAAGUUGGAGAGAUCCCAUCAAUUUGCAAGCUAAGCUUCUGAAACACCAGAGCUUUGAAGCUGAGGUCCUGGCUAACUGCAACAGUGUGGAGGCUCUAACAAAGGAAGGUGAGAAGAUGCUAGCUGCUCAUCAUCCAGCCAAGGACAAGAUUAAACCUAGAAUCAAAGAUCUCAAUGAUGGCUGGGAGCAUCUUUUAAUGAACUGCAAGGAGAAAAAGUUGCGUUUACAAGAAGCAUAUCAGGCCUUGCAGUUCCAGCGCGCUCUGGAUGACGUUGAAUUCUGGUUGGAUUCAGUAGAAGCUGAACUGAAUGAAGGGGAUUAUGGGGAGGACCUGGCCUCAGUCAGCAGGCUGCUGAAGGCUCUACAUGGCUUGGAAGAAAUAGUGGAUGGACACCUGGAGAAAGUCCAGGGUCUAGUGGACAAAGCCAAAGAUUUCGGCUCUAAAGGCAAUUUCAUGGCUGGGGAGAUACAGCAACGAGUUUGGAAAAUGGUGAACAGGUAUAAUAGUCUCGCUGAGCCACUGCAGGCUCGUAGAGAAAAUCUGGAGUCAUGGCAGCUGCUGUUCCAGUUCUACAGGGACAUGGAGGAUGAACUUGUAUGGAUUCAAGACAAGCUACAGCUCAUGACUUCAAAGGACUGGGGCACUUUCCCACAGGGUGCCCAGGCCAUGACCAAAAAGCAUCUGGUGAUGAUGAAGGAAAUUGUGGGACGUAGCCCUCUGGUGCAGGCCGUACUGGAAGCAGGACAGAACUUGGUGGGAGGGAAGCACUUUGCAUCUCAGGAGAUCAGCAAGAGAGUGGCUAAAUUAAAGGAACUCUUUGACACAUUGAAGAAAGAGUCCAAAAGUAAGGACCAACUGCUUCAAGAAGCAAUACAAAUCCAGAACUUUCUCUCUGAGGUUUCUGAGCUGGAACUGUGGAUGGAAGAUCUGAUGCCAAUGCUGGAGUCCAGGGGCUGUGGGAAAAGUGAAGAGGCCACAGAGAUGCUCCUCAGGAAGCUGGACACAUUGGACCUGGAGGUUGAGAACCACCGUGGAAAAGUGGAGUCAUUGCAGGAGACUGGGGCUCAGCUGCAGCAGUGUGGCCAUCCCUAUAGCCACUUGAUAAGUAAGAGUGUCACAGGGAUGGAAGAACGGUAUGAGUCUCUGCUGCAGCUGUCUUCAGAGCGCCGUGCUAUGCUGGAGGACCAGUACAACCUCUAUGUGUUUGAGAGAGAGGUCCGAGACAUGCAGAGCUGGCUCCUCUCUCGCAAGACCCUUGCUGAAUCAGAUGACCUUGGACAAGAUCUGGAAGAUGUUGAAACCCUGCAGAAAAAGUUUGAAGAUUUUGCUCUUGAAAUCAGCAGUUUGGGUCAGAACAAACUGGCUUCAGUGCAAAGGUUGAAAAAACAGGUGAAAUCCUCAGAGACCCAGCAAAGAGAGCAAUCACUACUUAAUUUAUGGGAAGACUUAAACAAAGCUGUGAAAACACGAGCAGAGAAUCUGAUAUCUGCUCGUGAGAUUCACCAAUUUGACCAUGACUUAGAUGAACUGAAGAGCUGGAUGAAUGAGAAGGAAAUGGCACUGGACACAGAGGACCAGGAAAAUGACUUGCUCAGUGUCCAGGCUCUGAUUCGACAACAUACCAGCCUUGAGAGAGAUUUGGCAGUCAUAGAGGAGGAUGUGCAAAGCCAGUGGGAAGAGGGCAGGGACUUGGUCAGGCGACAUCCCCAGGUGAGGGAGAGUCUGUCUGAGAGGCUGCAGGAGGUGGAAGACAGCUGGGCCAACCUGAUGGAGAAAGCCAGCCAGCGUAAACACAGGCUCCAGCAGGUUGAAGCAGUCCAGAGAUAUCUGACUGACUGGAGGGAGCUCAUGGCAUGGCUUAAAGAGUCGCUGUCUCUGGUGAUGGGGGAGGAGCUCAGAGGUGAAGUCAAAGAUUUGGCACAGCUAAUCAAAAGGCAUGAGGAAUAUCGUACCCAGAUUGAUCGACAACUUGGCAAAUCAGAAACUGUGAAAAAUGAGGGGAGAUGUCUAAUACAGGAAGGAAACUUCAUGAGUCAAGAGCUGGAGGAGCAUAUAGCAGAGCUGCAGGAGCUUGAGGUGCAAGUCCUUCAGAGUUGGGCUGAGAGGAAAGAUCAUUAUCAAAAGGAGCUGGAGCAGGAGCAGCUGCAGAGAGAGCUGGAGCAAGCUGAACACUGGCUGAACGCGUAUGAAAAUGCACUCUGUGAAAAGGAUUAUGGGGACUCAGUUUCUGAUGUUCUGGAGCUAAUGAAAAAACAGGAGGAUCUGGAGGCCAUGAUAGUAGCUCAGAGUGAACGAUUUAACACCUUAUAUGAAAAGAAAACUCAGAAAGAGCAGAAGAUGAACAAAACCUAUGGAGGAGAUGAUGGCUCCAGGAAGAAGCCUGUUCGUGUGACUUCCCUAAAGAGAAAGUCAUCAGAUCAACUUGCCUCAACCCUUCAGCCUACCAUAUCCAACACCAUCAUGAAUAGAAACAGUGUCAAGAGUAAUAGCUCAGAGUUGACCUCUCCCACAAAGCCAUUGAUUCUGAGGAGAAACAGCAGUGGCAAGGGUGAAGCUUCCUCUGCAGCUCCUCGAGUGGCAUCUUUACUCAGGAGGAGCACUGGCAGCAGUAGUGAUGCUGUAGCUUCCAAGACUCCCUCUGUCAAACCAUCCUUUGACUCUCCUGAAGAACAGAACUCUGUAGAAAAAUCAUUGUCUUCAGUUUCCACCAGUGCUAUUUACAGAUCCCAUCCAAUCCCCUCCAAAAAACAAAACCAAACUCCUAUAAUUGGGCAUGAAGUUGAUGCCUCAGAACAAACUGAGCAAAGCUUCAAACCCUCCUCUUUUCAUGUACACAAACCAAGAAUUGCCUCCAGAGAGGUGAGAUCAUUAAGCCCAAAAGAAGAGAUUGUGGAACCUCUUACACCUGCAUCUCUAGAACAUUCUGUAGUCUUGCCAGGGACACCUGCAGUCGCCAGUACUGCUUCAGAAAAUACCUUUCCUCCAUCUCCACCACCAUCACGUCCACCAUCACCAUCAUCUCCACCCUCACUGAUGAAAAGUGAGGAAGCUGAGAGAGUAAACGAGGAAACUUCUGAUGAUUCUCCAGUGCUAUCUCCUGUAACUAGCAAGACUGCAGCAGAGCCUGUCAAAAUGAUGGGUCAAUUGGAGAUUAAACUGAAACAAGGAGGGAUUCAAGGUGUGGAUCACUGGGAAACCAUCUAUGUACUACUAGAGGAAGAGACAUUCAGUCUGUUUAAAGACCCAGAUGCUGCUGAGAAGAGGUGCACCCGAUGGCCGCCUAUCACUAUAGCUGGAGCCAUUUGUAAAGAUAACCCAUACUACAGGAGAAAAAAAUAUACCUUCAAAUUGAUUUUGAAUGAUGGCAGCCACUACCUGUUUGCUGCAUCAUCCCAAACUGAACAGCAGAAGUGGAUGAAAGAGCUACAGAGCUGCACUGGUCAGAGAAACUUCACAGUGGAUACUGGGAUGAGCACAUUAGAAAAGGAAGAGGCAGUGAAGCAGCAGGUCUCGGUGACAGCUGACACCACAGUUAUACAGACCAUAGAGCCAGUGCCGCAAAAAGAGUCCACUGAGAGUUCAGAGAUGGAGAGGGAGCCACCCCCAAAGCCGCCACACACAUACUAUGACAAACACUGCUACCCAGAUGGAGGAGAGGGGCGAGUCUCAGCAACUUUGCAAACUCUGCAAAGGAACCAACCUCCCUGCUUUCCUCCACCCCUUCCUCCCCCAAACCAACAGGAAAGUGGAAGCAAAGAAAAAUCGAAAAACAAGAAUGUUUUCAAGAAAUUGUUCAAAAUAUAAUUUGUGCAGCUUAGCAGAAAUGGUCUAUGGCCAGCCCAUAUUGAUUUCAUUGCUUGGUCUUCAGUGGAAGUUGAUUUGUAAUACAAAAUCAGUGAUAGCAGUAUGAAAUCAAACAAUUAAAUUACAUUUAAUAAUUUGCAAUAGCUGAUGUAAUUUAAGCAUUCUCAUAUAUUUUGUAAACUGAAUUAUUUAAUUACAGAUGUAUUAAAUCGCUAACAAGUAUGUGACAUGAGAGCUAUGCUGAGAUCUAUGAACUUUAUUUUUAACCUUAAAUGUUAUCAAAAGAACAGCCUGUUCUGUUUGAGUGCGUCCCAAGAUGGGGAUGCGCUCAAUUCGAGAAAAUAUUUUUUGGAAAGCUUUUGGUCAUAAGCAUAGUGAACAAUAGCUUGCAUUGGACCACAGAUUGGCUCGAAAUAGCACAUGAUAAUUUUACCACAUGAUGGCGCUAAAGACUUUGGAGACCGUGGUGUGUCCAGGAACGCCUUGAAGCUUUUAUUUUGAACUGUUCAAAGGUCUAGCUCAGAAAUGUUAUAUAUAAUAAUUUGCAAUAGCUGUUAUAAUU